UUUGUCAUGGAGACUCAGGUAUCACAAGCACCUACCCAGUGCCGGGCUGCACUGAGCUCCUCACAAAGGCCCCAUGACAUCGAGGUGAUUAUUUGCAUUUUAUUGAUGAAGAAACUGAUGGCUUAGAGCGUAGCUCAAUAGGUUCGCACAGCCAGGAUGCGAAACCCCUGGAAGUAAAUGAAGACCACACAAAGGACAGCACACACCUCCCAGGGGAUUUUAUUUAGUGAGUAUGCUUUGGAUGCUACAGGAGUCUCCAUGGAAGCCAUCCUGAAACUCUUUGGAGAAUACUUCUUUCAAUUCUGUAAGAUGUCUGGCUAUGACAGGAUGCUUCGGACACUCGGAGGAAAUCUCAUGGAGUUUAUGGAAAACCUGGAUGCCCUCCACAGUUACCUGGCACUCUCCUAUCAGGAGAUGAAUGCACCAUCGUUUCGUGUGGAGAGAGGAACAGACGGGAAAACGUUUCUCCAUUACUACUCGGAUAGAAGUGGUCUGUGCCACAUUGUCCCAGGUAUCAUUGAGGCUGUGGCCAAAGACUUCUUUGACACUGAUGUAACCAUGGACAUUCUUGACAUGAAUGAAGAAGUGGAGAGGACAGGGAAGAAGGAGCAUGUUGUGUUUCUGAUUGUACAAAGGGCUCGUGGAAAGAUGAGAAAGACAAAGACAGACAGGUUACAGGACAAUCAGGUCAUCGAGAGAGACCAAGAGGCCUUCCAGGCAGCUCUUCUCAGAAUGAAGAAGAAAUAUUUGAAUAUUUCUGCUUGUCCUGUGAAAAAAUCCCACUGGGAUGUUGUGAGAAGCAUAGUCACGUUUGGAAAAGGGCAUGUCGCAAAUGCCUUUGAGCCAGUUUAUCCUGAGAAACUCUGGAUUGAAGAGAAGACAUUCUGCAAUGCUUUUCCUUUCCACAUCGUAUUUGAUGAAUCACUACAGGUCAAGCAAGCUGGAGUGAACAUUCAGAAGUAUGUACCAGGACUCCAAACCCAGAAGAUUCAACUGAAUGAGUAUUUCUCCAUCAUUCAUCCUCAAAUUGCCUUCAACAUUUUCAGCAUCCGCGAAUUUAUCAACAGUCAAUUUGUCCUGAAGACGCGAAGAGAAAUGAUGCCUGUAGCACGGCAAAGUCAGCCCACGCUCAAACUUCGAGGCCAGAUGAUCUGGAUGGAGUCCAUGCAGUGCAUGGUAUACCUCUGUUCUCCGAAGCUCCACAGCCUGCAAGAGCUGGAAGAAUGCAAUAUGCAUCUUUCUGACAUCGCCCUCCAUGACACCACCAGGGAUCUCAUCCUCCUGAACCAGCAGCGGCUGGCUGAGAUGGAGCUGUCCAACCAGCUGGAGAGGAAGAAGGAGGAGCUGCGGGUCCUCUCCAAGCACUUGGCCAUCGAAAAGGAGAAAACAGAGACUUUGCUUUAUGCCAUGCUGCCCAAACACGUGGCCAACCAGCUGAGGGAGGGCAAAAGGGUGGCUGCAGGAGAGUUUAAAAGCUGCACAAUCCUUUUCAGCGAUGUGGUGACAUUUACCAACAUCUGUGCUGCCUGUGAACCUAUACAGAUAGUGAACAUGCUGAACUCCAUGUACUCCAAGUUUGACAGAUUAACCAGUGUGCACGCGGUCUAUAAAGUAGAAACAAUUGGAGAUGCUUAUAUGGUGGUAGGAGGUGUACCAGUGCCUGUUGGAAGCCAUGCUCAAAGAGUGGCUAAUUUUGCCUUGGGGAUGAGGAUUUCUGCAAAGGAGGUGAUGAAUCCUGUUACUGGAGAACCCAUCCAGAUCAGAGUGGGUGUCCAUACUGGACCAGUCUUAGCAGGUGUUGUGGGAGACAAGAUGCCACGGUACUGCUUGUUUGGUGACACUGUGAACACAGCUUCUAGAAUGGAAAGUCAUGGGCUUCCCAACAAAGUACACCUCAGCCCCACAACCUACAGAGCCUUGAAAAAUCAAGGGUUUCAAAUCAUUGAGAGGGGUGAAAUCGAAGUGAAAGGUAAAGGGAAAAUGACCACAUACUUUUUGAUCCAGAACUUGAAUGCCACAGAGGAUGAGAUCAUGGGGAGACCUAAAACCGCACGUGAUCACAAGGGGUCAACACAGGAAGUGUCCCUGCCCACCACCAUGCUCCAAGGCUCAGUUCAACCAUCUUGCCCUGAACACGCUUCUCUUGCAUCCUGGUUAUUAUGAUGUUCUUUGAGCUGGGCCGAUAGAUCCAGCUAAAGAGUUCUACAUACAUUAGUCUUCGAGGUUCUUCUCUGGGCAUUUCCCAUGCAGCUCUUAUUUGUGAGUGCUUUCUCUGCUCCCCAGCUUCAGAGGCUCCAACACAGUCUUCCUCACAUGCUGGAAACUUUUGCCUUCCACAUUUUGUUCUAGCUUCCAAAACUGGGACGAGGGACAAAAUUCGUGACUCACCCAGCUCCAGGACUGACAAGAGGGUGGGAGUUUAGGGUAAAACAACCCAGUGCUAAUCUAGACCGAUUACCAUUUGGCUCAUGGUGUCUCCCAAAGAAGCUAGAAUCCAACAGUGAGGUCUCCAUCACAAGGCUGAUCCAUCCCACACACUCAGGAUCUCUUAGCUGCAGCCUAAGAUGGAAGUGCUGACCUGAAGGGGAAACCCAGUAGUAGGAGGCAAGCCUUUCUGAACCUCCAAGAAGGGAAUGAAUUCCUUCUGACAGGAGCUAAUCUUUAGCCACUCCA